UAAACUAUUAAGUCUCAAAUAGGAAAAAAAAUCAGUUACACUCACACACCCACAAAAAAAAAAAAAAGAUUUUAGGGAGAGGAGAGAUUUUUAAACCAAAAUACAAUCACACUGAGAGAGAUCAUUCAUUCAAGCAAUCUAUCCAUCUUCAUCUUAAGGAUAGAUACAACUAUUCAAGUGAUUCACAUAUUCUAGUAAGUAAGAAUAGAUAUUCAUUCAAAAGUUCUAUUAGUUUAACAAACAGACUCAAUUGAUUCCCUUUGAUCAGUGUGCUGUAAUCUUUUGCCAUCCAUCCAUCCCAUUUUCCCCCUUCUUUUUUUUUUCUUUGCUGCUGCUGCCUUUUUACAUCAUUUGCCUUUCAUCAUCAAUUGAUAUAAAUUGAAUAGAAUCUGCCUUUGAAUCAGUCAGUCAUCUAAAUCAAAUCAUCAUCAUGUCGUGCAUUGCUACUGUCAAGAUAAUUGGUGCAACCUCUUUAGGUUUGUUAACUGCCUCAUUAACUUAUCAAUCAAUUGAAACUAUUCCUCUUUUAAUAAAUGAAUUAUCAAAACCUUUCAAUCCAUUAACCAAUUCAUCAGUAAUCUCCAACUACUUAAAUCAAGUAAAAGCUAUCAUUUCAAAUUCAAGAUUUUUAAAUUUGAUCUUUGCUGGUUUAUCAACUACUUUCUUUACGUUAGCAUUUAAAUAUAGUCCUCCAUCUGGUAAACAUCCUUAUCUUUUAUAUGCUGCUUUAGGUGCUCCUUUAACUAUUGGAGGAGUUUAUUAUCAAGCUUAUAGUUAUGAAGAAAAAAUUUUAAAAUUAGAUCAUAAACAAACUGAUUCUAUUAAGAAAUCAAAGAAAUCAACCCCAAAGAAAUCAUCAACUGUUACACCAUCAGUUAAAAUAGAACCACUUAAACCUCUUGAAAUCCCAAGUAUCGCUACUGGACCUGUUGUUGCUGCCAUUGAAGAACAAGAUGAUUUAGGUAAAUCCUAUAUUCAUGUAUCUGAAGAAUCAUCAUCAGCAUCGUCAAUAACUUCCACUCCAAACGCAUCCAUCCCAGGAUCUCCUCAAAUCGCUCAUCAAGAUGAAAUAGAUCAAUCUGAAUCAGCCGUGGUGGUUGAACCAAUAGUGGAAGAGGAAGAAGUGGAACAAGAACAAGAAGAACAAUUGGAUCUAUCAAUCGAAGAAGAAAUCGAAUCAACUUUAACUAAAAAGGAAUUCGUUAAAGAUUUACAAGAAAUUAAAUCAUCCUAUAUCAUUGGAACAACCAUAUCUGGAUUCUCAUUCUUUAUCGCUGUAAUCGGUUUAGUAGGUGAUUAUUAUUUAUUAUGAGAAGCUAAGUGUUUUCAAUAACUUUAUUUAAUUUUUUUUUAGUUGGUGGUUGUCGAUGUUGAUUUCAUUUAUUAUUGUUAUUAUUAUUAUACUGUUAUUCUUACUAUUAUCAUUUUUGAAAAUGAUAUAAAUGUUUUUGCAAUGAUAUUUGGAAUAAGGAAGGAUAUUUUCAUAUGUGUUUUAAGUUGUU